UUCUGUCUGAUAGAGUAAUGAUUUGGAACCAAUCAGAUUAGAAAAUAAUAUUCGCAGGCGGGAGUUCCACUGUUUUCUUCCGGGACGCUGCUGUCACCAAAAAAUGGCUUCUCUUGACAGGGUAAAAGUAUUAGUUUUAGGAGAUUCCGGGGUGGGCAAGUCUUCUUUGGUCCAUCUGCUAUGUCAGAAUCAGGUGUUAGGAAAUCCAUCAUGGACUGUUGGUUGCUCUGUGGAUGUACGGGUCCAAGACUAUAAGGAGGGAACCCCGGAGGAGAAAACCUACUACAUUGAACUCUGGGAUGUCGGAGGAUCAGUUGGCAGUGCCAGCAGUGUCAAAAGCACCAGAGCUGUCUUCUACAAUUCAGUUAAUGGAAUUAUGUUGGUACACGAUUUAACAAAUAAGAAAUCCCCUCAGAAUCUCUAUCGCUGGUCACUAGAAGCUUUGAACAAGGAUUCUUCUCCAACAGGAGUUAUCGUCUCAAACGGUGACUAUGAUAGAGAGCAGUUUGCUGAGAACCCAGUGCCUUUGCUGCUGAUUGGCACAAAGUUUGACCAGAUCCCAGAGAACAAACGCAAUGAAGUUCUAACUCGGACGGCCUUCCUGUCUGAAGACUUCAAUGCAGAGGAGAUCAAUCUAGACUGCACCAACCCGAGAUACCUUGCUGCAGGGACAUCAAAUGCAGUGAAGCUUAGCAGGUUCUUUGACAAGGUUAUAGAGAAGAGAUAUUUCACAAGAGAUCCAAGUCAAAUGACGGGUUUCACAGACAGAAAACGGUUCAACUUCAAAAGUUUGCACUAUGACUGACAUCAGUGGUCUGUGAUUUGAUAAUGCCUUUGGGCUUUUACACCACAAGGGAGAAAGAAAUGGACUUUAGUGAAGACAUGGGGAUACUUGGGAUUAUUACAAUCACUUGCAUGGGUGAAAGCUGUUAUACCCUGAGGCUUGCUGUUGCAGAUCAGUGGUCCGCCGGAAUCACCCUAGGAAAAAGGCAACAGAAAGACUAGAUUGAGUAGUCUAAAAAAAAAAAAAAAAAAAAAAAAAAAUUAUACUUGUUUUUGAAUGAAUAAAGGAAAACAGUUUUCUCCA